AUGAAAGAUGAGUGGAAGGUUAAUUUCGUGCGGAUCUUCGCCGAAUUGGAAUGGGCUCACUGGUUUUACCUCGAUAACUGUCUCAAGGAUACGCAAGAAGCUGGUGUUGACUUUUUUGGCUUUUGUCAACAAAUGUUUGAGCGCUUUACUCAUCUUAUUCCAAAAAAGACACAGUGGAAGGAAAAAUUCUUUGAAUGGAAACACUAUCGCGGGACGACCUGCACUGGAAGUGCAGUCAUCCUCGAUGAAUACCUCUCCAUGGUCUUGCUGGUCCAAGGUUUCAACAAUGACCGGUGGACUUUCCCUGGAGGGAAGGUGAAUCAGGGUGAGACGUUGCAGGAAUGUGCAAUCCGAGAAGUUAUGGAAGAAACUGGAUUAAACAUAGAGCAUCGAAUUGACGAAAAUCUUUUCCUUGAGACAAUUGUUGGUGAAACAAAGCGUCGAGCAUACAUUGUUGAGGGAUUUCCACGUACUACCCGCCUUCAACCAUCGACCCAAAAUGAAAUAGAGGCGAGUUUUUAA